UUUAAAAUCUGUGUAAACAUGAUUAAGAACAGAAUGAUUGAGAAUGUUUCAUCUUAAGCAUUUUAUAAAUGUAAGUGUUUGAUCAAGCAUUUGAUAUUAAUAUGGAUAUGAUCCUCUAUAUGAUCCUUAUAGUUUCAGAAUACACUGUAAAAAAAAAAAUGCAGCAUUUUUCAAAUAUUUUCAUGUUACUUAACAAAUGAAGUUAAACAAUUUAAAUUUGUUUUUAUAAGUUAUGUCAACCUAUCACAGGUAAAAACUUGUAAAACCAAGUUGUUUUAUCUUCCUGCAUUUUUUUACAGUGUAGUUAAAGGUCUUUUUUGCAGUGUGACAAAUUAAUUCAUUUAAUAUAUGCUAAAAUACUACAUGCACAAAUACACAAAUAAAUCAUUGUUUUGUUAGCAUGUCACACUGCAGUCACUGCUUGACACGUUAUGUGCAUUACACAUUUGUUGCUUUGUCAUGUUUCAUUAAAGGUGCAGUGUGUAAUCUUUAGAAGGAUCUCUUGACAGAAAUGCAAUAUAAUAUACAAAACUAUAUUAUCAGUGGUGUAUAAAGACCUUUUUAUAAUGAAUCGUUAUAUUUUUAUUACCUUAGAAUGAGAUGUUUUUAUGUACAUGCACGAGGAUCCCCUUACAUGGAAGUCGCCAUUUUGUGCCACCACUUUUUUACGGAAGCCCUGAACAGACUUUUUUGUCUCCGAUGAUGAUAUGUUUUUCCGGUGGCGGCUACUAUUGUGUUUCAAAAGCGAGGAGUGAGCAGUGGACUGAGCGAUUGGUUGCAAUUUGCAAACUCUCCACUAGAUGCCGCUCAAAUUUACACACUGCACCUUUAAGUAAUAUAAUACACAGUGUCUCUAUGGUGUUAUUCUGUAACUCUACGUGCAUGCUUGUGUGUAUUUAUGUAAAAGGUCCAUGAUGAUGAUGAUGUUGAUGAAGGCAAUGUUGGCUGUGUGUGCGAUUAUCUGGUUGUUUCCCGGCCGUGGUGUGUGUUUCUCUCUUGGUGCGAGUGUUUCUUCAUGUGUGAACAUGAAGCCUGGACACAUCAGAUCUCUACCACUACAUACACACACACACACUGCUAUAACAAUACGCAGCAGUCGCUCUGUGUACCUGCCACAACACACACUCACAGUAACAGUGCAGAGCUCCCGGGCGUUUAUGGGUUUUCUGCUGCAGGCUCGCUCUGUGUUAGAGGAUCGGGUGGUUGGUGGUGAGUUCACACUUCACCCCGCCAGCACACACACGCUCUCCUGUCUCAACCCUGAUGAUACGGUCACACACUCGGACAAAAUGCUGAAGAGGAACCUGUCGUUCAGCUGGAGAGCUCCACCGCAGCCCAGCGGAGACCUGAGAUUUUACAUCACAUUGGUUCAGUCUUAUUUUGUGUACUGGGCUCGGAUCAGAUCAGCAGUGGUGCGCGAUGGGACACAGAGUCCUCACAUUAUUGACAGCGACACAACACAACAUUCAAUGAAUGUGACAGCUUCUAUAUUGGAACAAAGAGUCCAAAACAUCUCACUGUCCACACACACAACCACAUCUACACACACAAGCACACUGGCACCAUAUAACACACACAACAACAUACUUACAACAUUUAACACCCACGCCUCUACAAACUCACAAUAUAACACACAGACCAACACACUUGCACCAUAUAACACACAGACAAACACACCCCCAACCUUUAACACCCACACCUCUAUACACUCACAAUAUAACACACACCCAACAUUUAACACACACACUAACACACUUAUACCAUUUAACCCACAGACCUUUAUACAUGCACCAUAUACCACACACACAAACACACCUGAACCAUACCACACACACACAGUCUCAUCUUUUAAGACGCACACAAACACACAAUCAUUGAUUAACACUCAAACCUCUCAGUCCACUUCUACACAAACUGUCCCGGUGACUCCUUCACUCCAAAACACCCACAGUUCUCCAAACACAAAGACAGCGAGUCAUAUUAACACCACACACACGUUCCCCAAUCCCCUGCUACACACUGACAUAGACACAUCAUCAACCCAACAAACAUUACAUACUCACAUCCCAAACACACACAAACACGACAUCCAGACGUCACACAGCUCUCACACACAUCCAUCUAUGACCUCACACACCGUUAAUCCGUUCCUCCAUCCCAAACCCUCUCCGGCCUCUCGCAGAUUCCCUUCUGACUUCUUUCCAUCACAGAAGCCUACAAAGGCUGCCGUCUCCUUAUCCCACAGACCGCGGGUCUCUUUAGGUCUGCCUAGAGAUCUUCUCAAACCACCAGACCGUGCCAAAGAUCCGCCUGGAGCUCCAGAGAAGCCCGAGCGUGUGCCCAGCCAGAGUUCACCUGAGCUGGGUUUACUGCUGGGUCUCUCCACCGCGCUGGGUAUGGCCAUAGCUGUGGGUCUCAGAUACCUGCAGAAGAAACACUGUCGCAAACGGACCGCCGUCUCGCUUAAUGACCGUAACCAUGACAACAGAGGCAUCAUUCACGUGCAGGAGUGCGGAGACCUGGUGCAGGUGCGCAAAAUCCGACAAAACAGUUUCCUGGUACUACAAGCCGAGUACGAUCUUAUAACACCGACAGGAAACUAAAGAGAUUUACAUACACUGAACAUGAGCGCUAGUGAGAUGUCUACAUGUAUUAUACUCUUUAUAUGAAUAGACAAAGAGGCAGAGAGCGCUUCUGCAUUAGGAUCAAAUAUAUCUGUCAUGUUUAACAAUCUGAAAUCUAUAGAUUAGCAACAUCAAGCAAUCUGCCUAGAUAGAUAAUAAUGUAUGUAGAAAGAAAGUGUUAAAAGUUAAUGCAUAAAUAGUUUUUAUGUGUAAUAACGGUAAACAGGGUGGAAUUCAUUUUAUGUCUAUUAGAGCUGCUUAUACUUUCAUAUGUUACUGAACUAGUUUUUAGUAUACUUCACUUUAGACUUAGUACAAAUUUAAAAAAAAUCUCAAAUUAUGAUGCAUUUUCUUGAAGAGCAAAAAAGAGAGAGAAAAAAAAUAGUUUUUAGAUAAAAAACAAACAAAAUUUAAAUUAAUUUGUGCUUAAAAAAGCACAAAACCUUUUCUUUUUUUAAAUAAUUCAAGAAAAAGUUUCUUACCCCAUUGGCAGAUUUAUUUGCUUGUUUUAAGCACAUAUUCAUUAAACUGUAUUUUUUGUAGUUUUGUCUAAAAACUACUUAUUUUCUGCAGUCAUUGUGUUAAUCAAGAAAAUGCAUCUUAAUUUACACUGCAAAAAGUGAUUUUUAUGUAAAAAUCUUCUUGAUGAGCAAAACGACCCAAGAAAAUAAAUCUAGUUUUUAGUUAUAUUUAAAAAAUCAUAUUUAAGUGUUUUUGUGCAUGAAACACAUUAAGUAAGCACGUUUUUCUUGAAUUUAGUGUUUGUAAAGAUUUUUUUGCUUACCCCAUUCUCAGAUUUUUUUGCUUGUUUUAUGCACAAAAUCACUUAAAUUUGAUAUUUUCUUGGGUUGUUUUGCUCAUCAAGAAAAAGCAUCUUAAGUUGAGAAUGUUUAGAUAUUUUUACUGAAAACAAGACAAAAUACUAAUAAUUUUUUUUCUUGAAAAUCAUUUUUUUGCAGUGUAGAUAUUUGUACUGAAACAAGACUAGGUAAAUAAUAAGUAA